GUUCGCACAGGACUUCGGGACGCACCCGUCGCGAGCGGGAAGCGCUCAAAGUUUGCGCGCUAUUUGCGAAGUUCGGUAUUAAAGUGUGAAAUAGAAACUGGUCUGUGUGUGUGCAUGUCCAGGGUAUUAGGGAAAGUGACUCGUAUUAUACUAUAGUAAUAUUUGUGACUUGCAAUAAAAUAAUAACCAAGUAAUAUACGUUUUAUACGUAAAGACAUGAAACAGAAAUAAACAGUGUUAGUUUAAACGAUGUUCUUAAUUUAAAAGUGGAUAAUAGACAAAACAAAAAUGUGGAAUCCAAACUCAGACGGCAGGCAGAUGGAGAAAAGGGUCGUUGUGGGAAGAGUUCGGCCUACUUGGGCAAGAAACCUCCCUGACGCCAGAGACGACGAUGAUAAAAAUGAUCAGGAAGGAGUGAUGCCUCACAGCGAACCUCCUUCUCCCACUGAACCGUGGGGACAGCAAGCAAAACAAGAAGACAAAUAUGACGCAUUCGGCAAAGUUAUGCUGCUAGGCGACAGCGGCGUCGGGAAGACGUGCAUGUUAGUGCGCUUCCGGGACGGCACGUUCCUGGCGGGAAACUACAUAUCCACCGUCGGCAUCGACUUCCGGAACAAAAUAGUCACAGUAGACGGCAUCAAGGUAAAGUUACAGAUUUGGGACACGGCCGGCCAAGAGCGCUUCCGUAGCGUCACCCAUGCAUAUUACAGAGAUGCACAUGCUCUGCUGCUCCUGUAUGACGUCACCAACAAGACCAGUUUCGACAACAUCCGCGCAUGGCUCGGCGAGAUCAGGGAAUAUGCUCAGGAUGAUGUCGUUAUUAUGCUAUUAGGUAACAAAUCCGACAGCGGGCUGGAGAGGGCGGUGAGGCGGGAGGAGGGGCAGCGCUUGGCGAGAGAGUACCAAGUCGCGUUUAUGGAGACAUCAGCUAAAACCGGACUGAACGUCGAAGCCGCCUUCGCCCACGUGGCGCGUUCGCUCGUUGCCAAAGCGAACCCCGUCGACCCGUCCAGGCUGGCGGUGCGCGCGCAGCCGUCUCAAGAACAAAGAUCCUCGUGCCCGCCGUGUUCGUAAAUUAAAUUUCGCGCCAUUCGGGACUUUGAAUUUCGAAGUGGACCAAUUCUGGCCAGUGUUACGUGCAAUAUAUAAUAAAGAGAUCGAAUAAUUACAUACAUGUCUCCUUUUUAGUUCAGAUGUUAAGGUUUAAGGCUGACAAUGCACAAUAUUUCGUAAAUAAAUUCUUUUUUUCCUCGAUUUAAUUAAAAAAAUAUUAUUUCUGCUUUUUGAAAAUUUACAGUUUUGGAGUGCAAUUAUAUAUCAAAAUUUUGUACCUCCGUAGCUACCUAAUAUAAUAUACCUUCCUACUUAUAAAAAGAUAUUGUAUAAAUAAUAAUAUUUAUAAAAAUAUGAUUUCGCGAGAAUUUACUUAUUUCGUCCUAAAUUAAAUUUUCAAUAUGUAGCUAUUUUUCUUAUUUUAAUGUAUUUACAUAUUCGACAAAAUAUAAUCUUACCUGACCAAUUUUUUAUUUUACUUUAAUCUUGAGUUUACACAUCCUAUGUUUCUCAUUUUAAGUAACCAAAUACUCUGUAAUAAUACUAUUAUAUUUAUGUAUAUAAACAAAUAGUGUAUUAUGAUGUUGUAAUAUGUAGUAGGUAUGAAUUUAUAAGUACUUAAUUAAUUGAGAAACCAUAUUGGUAGGCAUUUUCUGUCUACGCUCAACAAAGACAGUAUAGUUAUUUAUGAUAUAUAUGUACCUACCUUACGUUUUCCUUGUUGAUAAACUGAAUAGUACAGGCAUUGUUGAAAAUUAUGAUUUAAAUACCUAUAUACAUAAUACUUAUAGCUAAUAAUUCUACAAUUAAUCGACGGUCUCGAAAAAUCCAUCUGCUGACCGUCACCAAUCAUUAUAGAUUGUGAUAAAUAGAUGUCGCCACCGAACUUAAGAUGGAGUAUUAUUAAGAAUGUAAUAAUAUAAAAUUAUCGUGUCACAGUGUUAGUCUCCAAAUUCCUGCGAAACGGCUCGAAUGAUCCUUAUGAAACUUUCUGUUUAUAAUUGGUAACUCUGAGAAUCGGUAGUAAACUAUAUUUUAAGCCCCUAAGUAAUAAUGGUGCCCCACCCCAAAUUUUUUUUUUGGACAAUAUUUUGUUUAGUUUAUUUUUUUAUGAUUUGGCAUAAAAAGACAUACAACCUUACAUUUUUAAUCUUCUACCACCAACCCCUAGUAAUAAUCGCGAUUUAUUAUUUCAACUUUUUUUGGCAUUAUUUUUAAUGUUUAAUUUUUUUAUCAUUCCAUUAGAAAUAAUGUAUAAAUGGUUUUGCAAUGGCAAACGUCGUUUUACAUUUAAAUAAUAUAUAAAUGUAAAACGACGUUUGCCGGAUCAGCUAGUAUAAUUAUAAUAAUCACUAACAAAAAAUGCAACUCGUAAAUCGAUGUCGUUUUAUUUUGAUGUUUGUAAUUCAUCGACAGACCAAUGCUUCAGUCACAGGGUAGUCUCUCAAGUAAUCACAAUAAAACAACAUGGAGCCGAGUCCUGUUUUCGCCACAUUCUGAUCACAUUGAAAGCGAAAUCAUUUUAUUAUUAUAAAAGCAAAUUUCUUGUUCAAAACACAGACUCAUAAGUCGUGCUCUAGGAUCAGAGGAUGGCUUAUAAGUUUGGCAUACGGCUGCAUCUCUGCCGAUACCCUCAGGGAUCAGACGUGAGCUAUAUGUAUAUGUCACAGUAAAUGUAAAUCCCAAUUCUGUAUAUCCUAUUUAAGAAUCUUCUUACUGUUAAAUUAUAAGUAAGUUGUAAGUAGUAAUAUCUAUAUCAAUGAAACAAUAACCAUAAAUACAAAUGGAUGGAACUCCAUACUAUGUAUUAAUAACCCAAUAUUGUUAACUACGUGCUGAAUGUUGCUUAUGCGAAAUAUUAAUAAAGAAUAAAAUUAUAUGGAAAUUU